UCACGGUGGCUGCGGCGGCGCGCGGUGGGCACUUGGCCGGGCGGAAAGAGUCGUGCCCGAGGAAUUUCCGGUUCCUGUGUCAGUUCUGAGGCGCCGCCGCAGGAGCCGCCGGAGCCGCGAUGCCUAAAGGAGGAAGAAAGGGCGGCCACAAAGGCCGGGCAAGGCAGUAUACAAGCCCCGAGGAGAUCGACGCCCAGCUUCAGGCUGAGAAGCAGAAGGCCAGGGAAGAAGAGGAACAAGGAGAAGAGGGUGGAGAUGGGGCUGCAGGUGACCCCAAAAAGGAGAAGAAGUCUCUAGACUCAGACGAAAGUGAGGAGGAUGAAGAUGACUACCAGCAAAAGCGCAAAGGUGUGGAAGGGCUCAUCGACAUUGAGAACCCCAACCGGGUGGCACAGACAACCAAAAAGGUCACACAACUGGAUCUGGACGGGCCGAAGGAGCUUUCGAGGAGAGAACGAGAAGAAAUCGAGAAGCAGAAAGCAAAAGAGCGAUACAUGAAAAUGCAUUUAGCUGGGAAGACCGAGCAGGCCAAGGCUGACCUCGCCCGGCUGGCGAUCAUCCGGAAACAGCGGGAGGAAGCUGCCAGGAAGAAAGAAGAGGAGAGGAAAGGUAAGUUCUGGGCUGCAGGCGAGACGGAUGACUGCUCGGGAGAGGCACAGACGGGUUGCUGACUGAUGGACACGGUUCCCAGCAAGCCACCAAGUCCAGCCUCAGUGUCCUGUCUGUAAACGGGACUGUGUGAGGAGUAGCGUGAUCAGAUGGCACCUUCUCGUGGUUCUGUCAGGUGGGCUUGGGCAUUCCUGCCUGCCAUCUCCCAGAGUGCUAGGAGGGUCUGAAGCGACAUGGAGUGCAAGGUGGUUUUGAACCUUAGCAGAGCACUGUCAACAGUGGUCACUGGCAGAGAGAAGCCUCAGAGGCUCAUGCACCCAGUACAGACCUUCAAGGCUAGAAAGUUCAACUGAGGUCUCUGGUGCCUUGUGAAGCAUGGAGUGCUGCCUAGGAUCACCAGUCUGUUGAAGGGGCCUGGUGGGUGGGGUGGGCUGGGUACAGUCUGGUCCAGGUGCCCCUUUCCCCAUGCUCUGCCUUCAUGCCAACGGGAGGUAGUGGGGGGCUUCCCCCUAGAUCCAGGUUGGUUAUGGCAAGUUGGUAUAGUUUAUAUAGGAGGGAUCAACUCACAACGUUCCAUGAAUCCCAGCCUCAUGGAAUCCUCUCCACAGUCAGAGCGAGGAGAACCCUAGUGAUCCUGCUGUCCUGACUCCUUACUGGUUUGAGGGAACAGGCCCAGAAAUGGGAGCUCAGUUGCCCAGGGGCAUUUCCGCUGCCCCAGAGGUUCCAUGUUUAUCCCAGCUCCCAUGCGGGGGAUAACAUGCUCUGCUUCACAAGCCCCAAGGAGGAAAGGAUUUCACCUGCAGCCAUUUGAAGGUGUUGAUUUUAGAUGUCGGAACCUGUGGGAGAGGUGGGGAUUAUGGGGUUCUGCCUGGGAGGUGGGCCAAGAAAGAGUUUCCAUUUAUCUGGUGGAUUGUGGGUCAGUGGGCCUUUGUGGAGGGGCAGCUGCCAAUAAGUUUGUGGCAGCCACGCAAACAUGUCAGGAAAGUCUGGACGCCUAGAUCCCAGGGCGUCCCUGGAGUCUUGGCCUCCUCUGCCAGCUGAGCCAUUGCACAGAAUGUUUCCUGAGGCCAACCAAACUAAAGCUCCGUGGCUCUGGGGGUGUGAGCGCGUGUAGGGGUGGUUUGGUUUGGUUUUAACUCCUCUCCUUCCCUUCCCUCCCCUUCCCACC